CGCUCAGAAGCGGGGCAGCAGUGAGAGAAGAGAGGAGCAUCCAGGAGAGAACCUCCCACACACAAUGGUCUGGUUCCAGGACCCUGAAGCAGAGCGGCCCCCGCUGUCCAUCAUCCUGCCGCGGCUCUACCUGGGAGCGGAGCGCGACGUGACGCAGGACCGCCUGGCCGCUCUGGGGAUCUCCUACGUCCUCAGCGUGAGCAGAUGCAGCCCCCAGCCCUCCUUCCUGCCGGGCUCCCGGUUCCUGCGGAUCCCCAUCGAUGACUCACUGAGGGCCGAGCUGCUGCCCUGGAUCCCUCAGGCUCUGAGCUUCAUAGAUGCAGCCAUGUCCUCGGGGGCCUCGGUUCUGGUCCACUGUGCCGCAGGAAUCUCCCGCUCCCCGGCUCUGGCUGUGGCCUACGUUAUGUACCGCCUGGAGAUGGACCUGGACCACGCCUACAGGUUUGUCAAAGAGCGCCGACCCACCAUUUCCCCAAACUUCAACUUCCUGGGACAGCUGCAGCUCUUCCAAAGCACCCUCAACCAGAAGGGCCCCGGCGGCGACCCGAUGGCGCGGCAGCAGGAGAACCAGGGGCCCUCGGCGGAUGAGACAGUCAGCAGGUCUUUGUGCAGUCAGAACCAGAACUAUCUGAGUCAGUCCGUCUCUGCGGACCCGUCACAGCCCAGAUGCUCACUACUCCAUGACAGCGGGAAGCAGCAGGGGCCACAGACUCUGGAUCAGAACCACCAGUGCAGCAGGGGCCCUCAUGAGGCCCAAAGCACAUGUCUACAAUUCCCAUCAGGUACUGCUUCCCUCCUGGAGAGACGGAAAAGCCUCUCCCUCUCUUUGAGGCCCCUGGGGACCUGCACCCCCCCUCUGGCCAGCAGCAGUCCUCAGUCUGCAGGGGCCCCGCAGCCAGAGGAGGUGCUCAGGGGCCCCUGCCAUAGCCAAAGCCCAGUGAAGGUGCGGGGCCCGCUGUCCCCGUUCAGCCUCUCCCUGAACAAGCUGCUGGAGUGGGGGGAGAGGUUGCUGCUGGGGGGCCUGUUUGUCCCCCCUGUGAGGAUGGGGCAGCUUUCUCUGUCCUACAGAUACUGAGGGGGCGGGUCUUUGCAUGUUCCCCGUGUCAUUUCCUGUUCCUCAUCAUUUCCCCUCAGCUGAAUGUCAACGGAUUCCUGACAGUCGGUUGCUUCUGUUUGCAGACAUUUUGCUCCACAGCUUCAAAUCUAUUAAAGAUUUU